AUGGGAUCAAGUUUUCAUGAAUGGGAAUCCGACCCUUUAUUCUCAGCUGCUGAAGUGGUUCAAGACUCAGCUGACAGGAUGGAAUCGCUUUUUCGUCUUCUAUUGCAUCAGCAAAGUCUUAUUCAAAGCGAACAUCCUGACCCAAGAUUGCUUUCGUCGAUAGAAUAUCAUAAGCGUGAUCUUGUAACUAUACUUGGAACUGCAAAAUGGCAGUUGGAGGAUUUUGAAAGAGCUGUUAACUCAUCGAUCAUAGUGGACAAGACUCAAACCAGAGAAGAUGUGAUUUCCAGACAUAGGCAGUUUAUUAUUGCCAUCAGGGAACAUAUAAAUGAAGUGGAGAAAAGUGUAAAGGGACCUUCAAUGGGGGAUUCCAUGAGAAACUCUGAAUGGGUUAAUUUAAAUGACCAAGACAGAGAUAUGUUGGCAUCAUUUCUUACUGGAGCAAAUCCCACUGAACAUUUAAAUCGUUUGGAAAUCGAAGAAAGUAGCAUUUUUGGAAGAUUCCUUGAUCCAAACUCGGGUCCUAGUUUAAAAGAUAAUGAAAUUGUUGAGCAUGACAGCAGAGAAUUUGAGAGGGUAAAAAUGAAUGGAGUUGGGCACGUUGAUCAUUAUCUUGACUCUGCGAAAGAGGAUAAAAGAAAUGUUGGUUCGCAUUACUCCACCAGAUCAGGCUCAAGUAUGAUGAACUCUCUGCAAGAGAUCCCUCAUGACAUGCAUGGUGGUAGUGAUCACUGGGACCUAGAAGCUAAUGAAGCCAAAUCUAGGAGCUUCUUCCAUGAGAUCAAGUCAAGAGGGAUCUACAGCAUUAUGAUCGUCUUUGGUUUCUUGAGCAAUCUAUGGACUACUCAUAGGAACAGAUUUGUGGGGAACCAUACAAAGAGGUUGAAAGAUGGAGAAGAAAAUAGGCAUUCGCCUACCUAUGCUGAAUCAUAUCAUUCUGCACAGGGCCAGCGUCUAGGACUAAUGUUAAGAUCUGGAUACAGAAGCCUCCAAGGAAUAUGCUUUAGAUUGCAAUCAGAAGUGAUGCACCUGGGCAGCUACCUUGUGGCAAGAUAUGAAAGAUUUCCCUUUCAUUUUGAGUUUAAUCGACAUUCAAUGAAAAUGAUAUUGACAACAAUUCUUACCCUUGUUUUUUUGGGUAUAUUGGUGUCUAGAAUUGCCUGA